AUGGCGUUUUUCUAAAAAAGAUUUGCUUCCCGAAUAAUAAUUAAAAAACUGCAGAUGCGAAGAAAAUUGUAUGCAGUCUAUUUCACAGUAAGCCUACCAAAUAACAUCAGUUUUGGCAUGUUUUAAGUUUAUUAGAUUGGCAUGCAUAUUGCACACCAAUCUAAUAAAGUAGCCGCUACUGUCAGUGCCUUCAGCAGAUGGCGGCAAUGUGUGUGGACCGCCAGUUGUACACUAAUAAUGUUUGUAACUUGUGUAUGAAUUAGUGAAAGUGAACCUGGUCAUUGGCCCCUUUAAAAUAAAAUACGUUGUGUGUAAGCAGUUCACAAUGUUACAUACACGUAUAUUAAUGGUAAAAUCCAAAAUAUUACCAUUGUGUGAAUAGGCUACAGACUUGUAGGCUAUCCCAAAUGUUGUAGGCUAGAUAAUUUCCCAUGAGGCAGUGAGUUCAAUCACGCGCGCAUCAUUUGUUCAAAAUAAUUUCCUCCAGAAUCAAGGACAGUUUUCUACGUCACACUUCUAGUCAAUAAAAAGUCAUGGACCAACCCAAAAUGGACCGUGAGAAAAUGGAGCUUGUUGGCGUCACCCACGUUUUGGAUGCCAUCACAUUUUGGGCACAGAAUGUCAAUGAGGACCAAGCAAUUGAGGCGAUGAGCAACAUUUUGGCACACAAGUGUCCAGAAUAUCCAAGGUUGUUUGGAACCCCAAUUCCUCAGAAGAUAUAUGGGGCAAUGUUCUCUGAGGACAGCUGUUGGUAUAGAUGCAAGGUCCAACAGCAGAUUGAUGAUAAGGUCCAUGUGUCCUACAUUGACUAUGGGAAUUCGGAGGUUGUCAGUCGAUCAGCAGUUGUUGAACUGCCAGUGGAUUUACAGUCCCCAUCAUUGGCCAAGAAGUACAAGUUCUGGGGCUUCCAUGUGUCCAGUGACCAUGACUCUCAACAUUUCAAGCAGGGAAAAGCCUUCUUACAGAAUUUAAUACUCGGUAAGAAAGUACGUAUCCAGAAGAAGUCAGUCUGCUUCGACGGGACAAUCCUUGUUCAGGCUUUCCAGGGAAACUUGGACAUUGGCGAAGAGCUUAUGAGGAUGAAGUUUGCCAAGCAAAGUCUACCGGGGAGUAAUCAAGAGAGCUCCGUGUCCCGGCCCUCCCUCCAGGACUCCCCUGCCCUGCUGGCCCACAUGCUACUGGAGAGAGGCCAGGGAGAGGGAGACGUCUCGGCCUCACCAGUCUGCAUGCCCAAACUCCGCCCGGUCUUAAGUGACCAGAUACCUCAGUCAGUGAAGGAGAAAAACACUGUCGCAGCCCCACAGCCAAUCGACUCAAUCAAAAUAAACAUGGAACUGGAUGUUUUGGUGGAGAAUGAGAAACUGAAGGCAGAACACGAUGCUCAGCAACAGAUUACCCAGCAAAAGGAGAAGGAACUGAGUGACACUCGCUCAGAGCUGCAGAGGCUGAAAGAGGAGAACCUGAGAGAGACCGAGAAGUAUAGGGUGGAGAAGGAUCUGCUUCGGGGCCAAUCGGAAGAGCUUGAGAAACACCUGCGAGUUGCAAAGUUUGAGCUUGAGGGUCAUAAGUAUGGAAGUGCAGUGGUAGUGCAGUCUGCUAGGGAAGAAAUGCAAAGAAAUGAGAAGGAAAUGGAUAAGCUUGUGGACUCUGCAGUGUCUGAGCAAUUCUGCCGACUGGCAGAGAAAGUCAUUUCUUUGAGGGGAUUAAGGGAAAGAAGCCCGGGUUUAACAGAUAGUGACAGCCUGAUGGAGUCUAUUAGCACAGUCAUAAACGACAGCAUCUCCGCCCCUGGCACCAUGGGGAAGUUGGAUGCGGCACGGCAUGAUUACAUGCAGGCCCAAGAGAAGCUGAGAGAGUGUGAAACGAUGGAGCAGCUUGGGGAUUUGAUCACCAACAGAAACGAGGUGCGCAGUGUGCUGACUGCCACUGUGGAAGCCUUCUUGGAAGAGGCAAAGAGUUUGCCUGUCAGAAAGCGCUUAGAGAAACUCGAGGAGGUGAGCAUGUCCCUGGCUGCAGUCUUUGGUCUGUUCUCCCCAGAAGAGGUGGACGAGCAUGCCUUUGAGCAGUAUUACCAGUGGAAGACCCAGACACACCAGCAGUCCAGCAGUGUUCGAGAUGAAACGGACAAGGCCCUGGGUGCCCUGUGUACCUGGUCUGAGAACAUUGGCAAGUUCUUCUGUCUGUCCAAUAAUACAUCAGUGAGUGUGACAGACCUAAUUGGUGGUAUAAGUGAAAUCCUGAAGCAGGCAGAGCUGCAUGUAUGCAAGGAGAUGGAUGUCUCUAAAUCAGUAGCCAACAACCAGAACAAUAAGGUUGUGACCAACGCUUUUCACAAAGUGAUGCAGCACAUUCAUGAGGAGAAGAAGGUCCUGAAUGAUUUGAUGGAAAAGUACCUGAUGAAUACUAAGGGGGAGAUGCUGCAGUGGCAGAAUGCCAGCCCCACGCCAGACACCCUCUUCUCCAUCAAGAAGCGCAUCAGGACUCUGAGGUCCCAACUGCGGUGGAGACAGGUGGAAGAGAGUACUCUGGAGGAGUGUGAGGAGCUGGACUUAACAGAGAUCUUGAAGAAGAAGGAGGAGAUCACGGAAACCCGAAAAGCCCUUUUCCAAGAAAUCGCACGAGAAAAGGAGGAAUAUACCAAGCUAAGUGCACUUGUAGAGGCUGGCUUCCCAGAGCUUCCCUUGCUCUACCCGGAAACAGACAUCCACAGCUUUAUGAGCUCUGGAGGUCUGCUGGUGAGUAGUCUGGACAAAGACAUGUUCGAUGCUGAGCCUAUGAGGGAGCUGAGUGACCACAGACCGCUGGUGCACACGGAGUUCCAGGGACAGAGGGUUAUACUAAAGAGUUACACCGUGAACGAGGAGGUGGAGGAGAGGGUUCUGGAGAGAACCGCCCAGUUCCACCGGGCCAGGACACAGGGUGAGGCUGUCGCUGGGAUCCUCUCACUCCUGGCUCUGUUCUUCAGCAAGUCUGAUCCGCUUGCCUAUGUAAUGGUGCCAUAUUUCCCUAAUGGGAGUCUGAAGGCCGUUCAGACAGCCAGUCCCUUGUCCACCUCAGAGGUUUGUAAGGUGAUGAAGGGAGUGGCCCAAGGACUAGAAAGUCUGCAUGCUGUGGGCAUCACACACGCCUCUCUCAACCCCAGCAAUGUGUUCGUCCUCAACCGGCAGCAAGGCAUGGUGGGAGACUUCGACUUCACCAAGACACCUGAGCAAAGGGCGGUGAGCAGAGGGAUGGUGGCAGGUUCUGUCAGCCUGGUGGCCCCAGAGCUUCGCCAGGGCUCCGCUCCCCCAUCUCCAGCCAGUGACAUGUUCUCAUUUGGCUGUCUCCUGCUCUGGCUUCAUGUCCCAGAUUUCAAUGGUGCAUUGAACACGCUUGAUGAACUGAAACUGGUUCCGAAACUGCAAGCUCUGCUCUCUAAACUGCUGGUGUCUGAAAGAAGGCUGACUGCUGUGGAGGUCCUGGCUGACCACUACUUUCAGUCAGACGAGGCAUGAGAAACUAUUAGGGGAACUUGUUUGAUGGCAUACUUUUUUAUUUUUAAACAUUUGUUUGUCAAGAGUUUAGAUGUGCACAUAUUUGUUUCUGUUCACCCUUUUUAGAUGUGCAAUUAGAAUGUUUAAUCACCCAGGUUAUGUUUGCCUUAUGCUGCAGUUGCUUUGCAAAGAAUAAAAAAGAUUCUGACA